AUGGUUGGCACUAAGAGAGGAAGAGGUGGGGCAAGGAAGACGGGAAAGAGUCGCCCAACACAAGAGAAACCAGCGCCGCCUGAACCUUCUCAGGGCUCGGCCACCCUACAUAGUGAUUCUGCAGAUGAGGACUUUUUACCAUCCCCGACUGUUUUGAGAAGCGUCCGUGCUCGAACUGCUGCAUUUCGUUCUUCAGGAGCUGGAGAAAAUGUGGCCUCAGAACGGCCCCUUAAUGAUCUAGUCUAUGUAGCUUCUCCGGGAUUCUCCAGGUACCAAACAAGAUACUCCAGAUCAAAUCUUGGCCAAUCUGCCAAAUUGAGCUUGCCAUUGAAGAAGCCAAUUCGAAAUGUGUUGAGAGUGACUCAGGACCAAGAAUUCAAUGCUCAGAAUGGAACCCAUCAACAGCCACAUUCCGGAAACGAAGACAAUGCAACGCCUGAGCUGCAACAUUGUUCUUCUAAACAGACCCAUGAUGAUCUAGUCUCCCAAGCGCCAGCUGGCUCGCCCAGGCAGUUGACUCUCGACAACAUUGACAACACCGAAGAAGACCACUCAUCACCAGUCAGAAGAGCCAACAACACAAAAGUCGCAAAUUCCAGCAACUGCAAGUCCACCUCUGGCCCGUUCCUCGAUUGCCCUGACCCGAUCAUUUGCCAGCCUGUCAAGCACAUUGAUAUCCAAGUUCCCCUCAGCCAAAGCCACAAGGGCCGGCCGGAAAAAAGCACGACCAACAUUCAAGAACGCCAGUCUGAGGCCCACAGCUUCAACUUGACCGAGUACGCCCGAGGGCUCCACGACAACAUGGAAGAAGACCCUGACGAGGAGGUUGAGUCUUCCCUCGAGCCCGGCUUCCAGCUCGUGCGGGGCCACAAGGUCAGGACUGAAACCGUGCCCCUACUUGAGUGCAUCUUCACAAGACACGGGGAUAUCACGAGCGAGACCCACCUGGAAUCUCCCAUCUCCAUCUCCAACUCCCUCGAGCAGCUGUGUGGGGUGUGUGGGAGGCUGCAGCAGGCAAGGUUUGUGGACCUCACGCGCAUUGAGCUAGAGUCUAUGCUAGCGGACGUGCGAGAUGUUGAGCGGACCGGGCUGAGGAUCGUGUGGCUAAGGGAAAGGCUCGAGUUUAUCUCACGAGCAUGGAUGGAUUACAGUAAGUACUUCCAUCUGAAGGAGUUGGUGGCGGAAAAUGACGUGUCGAUUGGUGGACUGGAGAAGGAGUUGGACACGUGCAAGCAGCAGCAAUUGGAGAUGCAGAGAAGAAUCUCGGCUUUGGAGGAUGAGCUGGCGGCCAGACGGGAGAGGACUGAGGUGGCGAGGAAUGCCAUUGUCAGUACCAGAGCUCGAGUUCAGAGUCUCGUGAACCGGAGCUUGGUAGACGGCCUUCUUUAG